CCCUCUAUCCAGCAACGCGAGAAAGCAGUAGACUCCUGUCCUCUCCUGCACAUCAUAGCCGCCCGCGAGACGACAGCGCCACCGGGCUUUGGCUCGGCUCAGACCCUCGUCGACCUCGUCACGGGCGCGAUUUCGGGCGCGGGCACCACCACCAUCACGGCCGAAGCCAUUGACUACCCGGCCGCGGGCGGCGAAGGGUACGCGGGCAGCGUGACGGUGGGCGUGGCGGCCGUGGUGCGGCAGACGGCUGAGUUCGCUGCGCGGUGUCCCCGUAGUGCUAUCAUCAUGCAUGGUUACUCGCAGGGCGCGCAAAUCAUCGAUGAUGCCUUUUGCGGCGGACCGGAUUUCCCGAGCCUGAACUCGUCGGUGCCGCUCGUCACGCUCGCCGUCGCCCGUAACGUCCUCGCCAUAGUGCUCAUGGGCAAUCCCAGGCACGUGCCGGGGCUGGUGUUCAAUGCUGGAAAUGCUACCGCUGGAGGGUUCGCCGCUCGACCGAGGGACUUCCGCUGUCCGGUGUUUGAGGACAGGAUCCAAGCCUACUGUGACGAUCCGGACCCGUUUUGUUCCAACAGCACCGACGAUGCCACCCACGAGAGCUACGGGCAAGUGUAUGGGAAGCAGGCGCUGGGGUUUGUGAUUAGUAGACUG